GGGCGGAGGAGCGGUCGGCCGUCCCGGCAAAGCUGCGCCCAUGGCGCUGGCCGAGCUGUACACACAGUACAACAGGGUUUGGAUUCCCGAUAGCGAAGAAGUCUGGCAGUCUGCAGAAAUCACAAAAGACUACAAAGCAGGAGACCGUUUUCUCCAUGUGCAAUUAGAAGAUGGAACUGAGCUCAAUUACCCUGUUGAUCCAUCUGCUUUGCCACCUCUGAGAAAUCCUGACAUCCUUGUUGGUGAAAACGACCUGACAGCACUCAGCUACCUCCACGAACCCGCUGUUCUGCACAAUCUUAAAGUCCGUUUCGUGGAGUCUCGGCUCAUCUACACCUACAGUGGAAUAAUUUUGGUUGCAAUAAAUCCCUACAAGCAGUUGCCAAUAUAUGGAGAUGCUAUUAUCCAUGCGUAUAGUGGGCAAAACAUGGGGGACAUGGAUCCUCAUAUAUUUGCUGUGGCAGAAGAGGCAUACAAGCAAAUGGCAAGAAAUAGCAAGAAUCAAUCUAUUAUAGUCAGUGGAGAAUCGGGAGCUGGAAAGACUGUGUCUGCAAGAUACACUAUGAGGUACUUUGCCACCGUGAGUAAGUCGAGCAGCAAUGCACAUGUGGAGGAUAAAGUUUUGGCAUCCAAUCCGAUAACUGAGGCUGUUGGCAAUGCAAAAACCACACGGAAUGAUAACAGCAGUCGGUUUGGAAAAUACACUGAAAUCAGUUUUGAUCCAAGUUACCGAAUCAUUGGAGCCAACAUGAGGACGUACCUGCUGGAGAAAUCCAGAGUUGUCUUCCAGUCAGAGAAUGAGAGAAAUUACCAUAUAUUUUAUCAGCUCUGCGCAUCUGCUAUGCAACCUGAAUUCAAGCAUCUUAAGUUGGGAAGCGCAGAAGAAUUUAACUACACGAGAAUGGGUGGCAGUACAACUAUUGAAGGAGUUGAUGACAGAGCAAAUAUGAUUGAGACUCAGAAGACAUUUGCCUUACUGGGUCUGAAAGAGGAUUUUCAGAUGGAUGUUUUUAAAACGCUGGCAGCAAUCCUGCACUUAGGCAACUUGGAAAUAACAGCAGUUGGAGAUGAGAGGUCAUCCGUCAAUCUGGAAGACAAUCAUCUCAAUAUAUUCUGUGAGCUUCUGGAAUUAAACAGUGACAAAAUGGCACAGUGGUUGUGCCACCGGAAGAUUAUCACUACUUCAGAGACUGUAAUAAAGCCAAUGACAAAACCUCAGGCUCUUAAUGCAAGGGAUGCUUUGGCAAAGAAGAUCUACUCUCAUUUGUUUGACUUUAUUGUGGAAAGAAUUAAUCAAGCUUUGCAGUACUCUGGCAAGCAACAUACUUUCAUUGGUGUUCUGGAUAUUUAUGGCUUUGAAACAUUUGAUGUGAACAGUUUUGAACAAUUUUGCAUCAAUUAUGCCAAUGAAAAACUACAGCAGCAGUUUAACCUGCAUGUCUUUAAACUUGAACAAGAAGAAUAUAUGAAGGAAGAUAUCCCGUGGACUUUAAUAGAUUUCUAUGACAACCAACCUGUCAUUGACCUUAUUGAAGCUAAAAUGGGAAUUUUAGAGCUUUUGGAUGAAGAGUGCUUGUUGCCCCAUGGAACAGAUGAGAACUGGCUUCAAAAGCUAUAUAAUAAUUUUGUCAACAAAAACACGCUCUUUGAAAAGCCGAGGAUGUCAAACACGUCUUUCAUCAUUCAACACUUUGCUGAUAAGGUAGAAUAUAAGUGUGAAGGAUUUCUGGAAAAAAACAGGGAUACGGUGUAUGAAGUUUUGAUGGAAAUUUUGAAAGAGAGCAAGUUUCAUCUGUGUGCAAGCUUUUUUCAAGACAAUCCAGCACCCAUUUCGCCUUUCAGUUCAACUAUAAGCAUCAAAUCUGCAAGACCUGUCCUCAAGUCACCCAACAAGCAGCUCCGGAUGACAGUUGGCAGUAAGUUUCGGAGUUCUUUGUCUCUACUCAUGGAGACCCUUAACGCCACCACCCCUCACUACGUGCGAUGCAUAAAGCCGAACGAUGAGAAGCAGCCUUUUGAGUUUGAUUCAAAAAGGGUGGCUCAGCAGCUGCGAGCAUGUGGUGUUUUGGAAACCAUUCGAAUUAGUGCACAGAGCUAUCCGUCCAGAUGGACUUACAUUGAGUUUUUCAGCCGCUACAGCAUCCUUAUGACACAGCAGGAGCUCUCUUUCAACGAUAAGAAACAGAUCUGCAAGAUUGUUUUGCAGCGGCUUAUCCAGGAUCCUAACCAGUAUCAGUUUGGGAGAACGAAAAUUUUCUUCAGAGCAGGACAAGUUGCUUACUUAGAGAAACUGCGCUCAGACAAACUGAGACACGCCUGCAUCGUGAUCCAGAAGAGCGUUCGGGGCUGGCUGCAGCGCCGCAGGUUCCUGCGCAUGAAGCAGGCGGCCGUCACCAUCCAGCAGUACUGCCGUGGGCAGCGCGCCGUGCGGCAAGCCAUAACUGCACAAGCUCUGAAGCAAACAUGGGCAGCUAUAAUUAUUCAGAAAUACUGCCGAGGUUACCUCGUCCGUAAGCUUUGCCAGCUCAUCCAGGUGGCUGCUGUAACAAUCCAGGCUUAUACCAGAGGAUUUCUAGCAAGGAAGAAAUACCGGAAGAUGCUUGAAGAACACAAGGCUGUGAUCCUUCAGAAAUACGCCCGUGCGUGGCUCGCCAGGCGCAGGUUUCAGAACAUCCGGCGGUUUGUGCUGAACAUCCAGCUUUCGUACAGAGUUCAGCGGCUGCAGAAGAAGAUAGAAGAACAGAGCAAAGAAAAUCAUGGCUUGCUGGAACGAUUGACUAACCUGGCUUCAACUCAUAUGAAUGACUUGGAUACAAUUCAGAAACUUGAAUCAGACCUUGAAAAGUUAGCUGCUCAAAAGAGAACUUACGAGGAGAAAGGGAAAAAAUAUAAAGAGGACAGUGAACAGAAAAUAUUGAAACUUGAGAGUCAGAUUAAAGAGUUACGAGAACAGAAGGAGACUUUAGAAGUAAAGCUGCAAAAGAAAACAGAGGAAAUGAAAGAGAAAAUGGAUGACCUCACGAAGCAACUUUUCGAUGAUGUACGAAAAGAAGAAAGUCAGAGAAUGAUACUUGAGAAAAAUUUCCAAAGUCAGAAACAAGACUAUGAAAAGGAAAUUGAAUCGCUCAAGGGAGAAAUAAAGGUUCUCAGAGAAGAAAAAACACAGCUACAGCAACAAAUGCAGCAAGAGAUUGCCAUUCAGGAUGACCUGAAAAUAGAAGUAGGACAACUUACAAAACAAGUGCAGAAAAUACCUGAGUUGCAAAAGGAAAUUGAACUGCUGCAGACGCAAAAACUGGAUGUUGAAAAACAGGCCCAAUCACAGAAGAGAGAGAUGAGGGAAAAGAUGUCAGAAGUUACAAAACAGCUUCUUGAAAGCUACGAUUUUGAAGAUGUCAGAAGCAGGCUGUCUACAGAGGAUUUGGAACACUUAAAUGAAGAUGGAGAAUUGUGGUUUGCUUAUGAAGGCUUGAAAAAAGCUACAAGAGUAUUGGAAAGUCACUUCCAAUCUCAGAAGGAAAACUAUGAAAAGGAGAUUGAAGGUUUGAACUUGAAAGUUGAACAUCUUAGCCAAGAUAUUAAUCAUCUACAAAAACUAUUUCGAGAGGAAAAUGACAUAAAUGAUGGAAUUCGGCUUGAAGUUAGCAGGCUAACUUCAGAAAACCUGGUGAUCCCAGAUCUUAAACAGCAAGUUUCUGAGCUUGAGAACCAAAAAUUAGACCUUGAAAACCGUCUUCAAGAGCAGACUGCGAAGUUGAAAGAGAUGUCUAACCGGCUGCAUCAUGAGCCAGAAGGGGACAGAACACUAAGACGAACAAAUGAGAUCCAGAAUGAAAUGGACAUAAAAGAAAAAGGGAGGUUGAAUGUCAUAACCCAAGAAAUGGAGGGGCUGAGCAAUGGUUUGAAGCAAGAUGAAAUCCAGGCUGAAGUAAAAAGCAAGAUGAAGCAAGAAACAACUCGGCUUACUGUGGAAAACAUGGACCUUGAAGAAGAACUAGACAUGAAAGAUAGAAUAAUAAAGAAAUUGGAGGAUCAGAUCAAAACUCUUACCAAGACUAUUGAAAAAGGCAAUGAAGUUUCUGUGUCAGCUUUGUCCAAAGAGUACAUUGGAAUGAUGGAGUACAAAAGAGAGGAUGAAGAAAGGAUUGUUCAAAAUCUGAUCCUCGAUUUAAAGCCACGUGGAGUUGUUGUCAAUAUGAUACCUGGCCUUCCAGCUCACAUCCUAUUCAUGUGUGUGAGGUAUGCAGAUUAUCUGAAUGAUGCUGACAUGCUGAAAUCUUUCAUAAAUGUAACCAUUGAUGGUAUAAAACAGGCUGUUAAGGGAAAUUCAGAAGAUUUUGAGAUGUUGUCUUUUUGGCUUUCCAAUACAUACUAUUUUCUUAACUGCUUGAAGCAAUACAGUGGGGAAGAGGAAUUUAUGAAAUACAAUACCCCUCGUCAGAAUAAGAACUGCCUGAAGCAUUUUGAUCUCUCGGAGUACAGACAAGUUCUCAGUGAUUUGGCCAUUCGGAUCUAUCACCAAUUCAUUCUUGUAAUGGAGAAUAACAUUCAGCACAUGAUCGUGCCAGGUAUGCUGGAAUACGAAAGUCUCCAGGGAAUUUCUGGCUUGAAACCUACAGGGUUCCGUAAACGUUCCUCUAGCAUUGAUGACACGGAUACCUACACAAUGACAUCUAUCCUGCAGCAACUCAGCUACUUUUAUAGUACGAUGUGCCAGAAUGGCCUGGACUCUGAGCUUCUCAAGCAGGCGGUGAAGCAGCUUUUCUUUCUCAUUGGAGCGGUCACCCUCAAUAGUCUCCUCCUCCGCAAGGACAUGUGCUCUUGUAGGAAAGGAAUGCAGAUAAGAUGUAAUAUCAGCUAUUUGGAAGAAUGGCUUAAAGACAAGAAUCUUCAAAGCAGCAAUGCCAAAGAAACUUUAGAGCCUCUGUCUCAAGCAGCCUGGCUCCUUCAGGUCAAAAAGAUCACUGAUGAUGAUGCCAAAGAAAUAUGUGAACACUGCACAUCGCUUUCCACUGUGCAGAUAGUUAAGAUCCUCAACUCAUACACUCCGAUAGAUGAUUUUGAGAAAAGAGUGACUCCGUCGUUUGUUCGCAAAGUCCAGGCUAUGCUAAACAAUCGCGAGGACGGACCGCAGCUGAUGCUUGAUACCAAAUACCACUUUCAAGUGACGUUUCCUUUCACACCCUCUCCACAUGAUUUAGAAAUGAUACAAGUCCCCAGCAGCUUCAAACUUGGCUUUCUCACAAGGGUUUAGUAAAACCAGUGCUUUGGUAUUUUCUCUGAGACUGAAUAAGGACAAGUAGACUUCCAUGCUUCCUUCCUCUUGCUGGAGGAUGGUAUGGAAGCUUGCCAUGAAUUAAGCCAUUAAAAUCUUGUUCUAAAGUCAAGACUUAAAAAAUAAGAAUCAUUUCAGCUUGUGAUUUCCUUCUCUGUUUGUUUUUUUUUUACUGUUGUUCAUUCUUCUUUACAGACCUAUAAUAAUGACAUCAGCUGGAUGCAAUUCCACACAGUUUUUUAGUCCAAACCUGAGGAAAGAAUUUAUCUGACAAGUUUACAUUGGUUCUCUGUCAGUAACAUUAAAGCACUAGUCAUAGGGAAAAGGUUAUGCUAGGAUCAAUAUACUGUACAGUUUUCCUUGAUUUGCUUUUGUACCAAAAUAUUUUUUUUUUCCCCAGGAUCAUUGUUGUCUUGUGCUCUACUGAAUUUGUUUGAUAGUAGUAUUCACCCUUCUAUACUUUCACUGCCUUUAUUCCUUUCGUGAAGUAAGUUGUUCAUGAAAGUUGGCAAGAGGACUGUAAAGAAGGGAAUAGAAAGUCCUCCUACAUUUGUUUGGAUUUUUUAAUGUAUUUUGUUGUUUGUUUUUUUUUUGAUACAGAUAGCUACAUUGAACCUGGGGGGCUGAGGUCAGUCUAAGAGCAUUGCUGUAAUAAACACACGCUGUCUCUGUAGGAAUGCUGGCUUGGCUCGCUCAGGCUGUGUGCAUUAUAGUUCAGGCACAGCAGACAGCUCUUCAGCCAGGGGAGUAAUUUGGGCUCUUCUUUUGUAGGCAGAUUUCAGCUGUGUUCUCUGCAGUGCAUCUGGAUUUUUGUAUCAGUUAUCGGAGUAGAAAAGUCAGAUAUGAAAUUCCUGUUGUGAUCCAAAUUACAAGUUUAUUUCUUUAAAAAACAGGAGUCCUGUUUUAGCUCCAUUUCUAAUGCAAUGUCUUUAGGAACGUACACUGAGUAUGCACUUAUGUACGGAUAUUUCUUUCUCCCAUUCAUUUUUGCUUGUUUCCCUCCCCUAGUUCAGAUACUGAGUAGGAGCUAUGGUCUGAAAUUACUGAUAAACCAAUCUUAAUUCCUUGCAUUUUUAAAUUGCAGGAUCCUUAGAAACAGAAGUGGUCUCCUUUUUGUUUCGUUCAACUUGAUUCCUGUAGGCAGAACCAAAGAAUAACAACUUUCUUUAAUACUAGAUCCUGUCAGAACAACUGGAGAAUCAGCAUGCACCUUGCAUGCAGUGCACUGCAGUGAUGGCUGUCAUUAGAAAUUCCUAAGAACAUACUGCUAGUUUUCUGGUUAGGCUAUUGUGGAAAUAUAGUACUAAAGCUUAGAAAUAUUGAAGGGAUUCUAAUUGACUUAGUUAAUUUAAAUAUUACUGGAAGAGACAUUUGAUUUUUGUAUUACAUAAUGUUUAAAAGUUGUAAAUAUAAAGAAGAAUAUUUUUGUUAUAUUUUGUCCUUGAUAUUUACUAUGAACAGUGUCAUAUUCAUAGAGAUAACUACAGAGAUGCAUAAAGAAUAUAUGGAGGAACAUUUUCAUGUUUUGUUCAAAAGCUGUAAAAGUACAGAAUUUGGAGAUGUGUGGGUAGGCUGGUGUUCUUAUCUGUUAAAUAAAGCAGCUUCUAGAUCAA